AUGUCUUUUGAGAAUUUUUCCAGGCAGAACGUGGCAGAGUUCACCAUCACAGGAUUUGACCAUCUGUCUCACCAAAAGGUUCUGGGCUGCCUCAUUUUGCUAUGUUACUUUUGUGUUCUCCUCAGCAGCGGCACCAACAUUUGCAUUAUUGUCACAGACAGGCGGCUGCAUCGUCCCAUGUACCUGCUGAUCUGCAACUUAGCUGUGGUAGAUAUCAUGUUCACCACCAGUGCCAGUACUACCAUGAUCUCAGUACUGCUAGUUAAGGACAGAGGGAUUUCCUACUACUCCUGCAUCUCACGUAUGUACAUCUACCACCUGGGGGACAUCACUGAGUGUCUGGCUCUGUCGCUCAUGGCACUAGACCGCACCUUUGCCAUCAGCCAGCCACUCAGAUACGCCAGUAUCCUGACUAACCCUCGGAUCUUUAUUUUGAUCAUAUUGUCCUGGUUAAUAGGCAUAGGCUUCAUGGCAAAAGUGGCUACUGUGGCUGACAAUCUGCCAUACUGCCAGCCAAUUAUCAAAUAUGUCUUUUGUGACUAUCCUUCUUUAAUUAGGGCUGCCUGUGUGAACCCUGAGCCUUAUUUUGUUAUUGCCAUCAUUGUGGGUUUGUGGCUAAUUGCUCAGUUUCCCUUAAUCUUACUGUCAUAUAUGAAGCUCAUCUACACUGUGCUGAGACUGCCCAACAAUGAGAACAGGCGUCAGCUGUUCAGCACAGUUGUAAGCCAUUUAAUCCCUGUGGUUGCUUAUUAUGCUCCAAAGCUGGUCUCUGUGCUGUUGACCAGAAUAGGAGUGAAACUGAACCUGACUGAGAGGAAUGCAUUGCUGAUUAUCUCUACACUCUUACCCUCUCUCAUCAACCCCACAGUCUACUUUCUACGGACUAAAGAAAUAAGAGAUGCACUGCAGCACAAAAUUACGAUGCAUUGGUAA